AUGAAGUCACGGCAAAAAGGAAAGAAGAAGGGGGCCUCCAAAGAGAGGGUGUUCGGGUGCGACCUCCAGGAGCACCUCCAGUUCUCGGGCUUGGAAGUACCCCAGGUGCUGCAGAGCUGUGCGAAGUUCGUGGAGGAACAUGGGGUGGUGGAUGGCAUCUACCGCCUUUCAGGGGUGUCCUCCAACAUCCAAAAGCUCCGGCAGGAGUUUGAAACCGAGCGGCAACCAGAGCUACACCGGGAGCUGUACCUGCAGGACAUCCACUGCGUGUCUUCACUAUGCAAAGCCUACUUCCGGGAGCUGCCAGACCCCCUGCUCACUUACAGGCUUUAUGACAAGUUCGCUGAGGCAGUGGCUGUGCAGCUGGAGAAUGAGCGUCUGGUCAAGAUCCUGGAGGUGCUACAGGAGCUGCCGAGACCGAACCACAGGACCCUGGAGUUUCUCAUGCGGCACUUGGUGCACAUGGCAUCCCACAGCGCCCAGACCAACAUGCACGCCCGCAACCUGGCCAUUGUGUGGGCCCCCAACUUGCUGAGAUCCAAGGACAUAGAGGCAUCAGGGUUCAAUGGGACGGCGGCCUUCAUGGAGGUGCGUGUGCAAUCCAUCGUGGUUGAGUUCAUCCUCACGCAUGUGGACCAGCUCUUUGGGGACUCCAGCCUUCCUGGUGCUGAGGCUGAGAUCAGGCGGCGUGCCCUUGCUGAGCCCCUGGAAGAUCAUGUGGCCCGGUCUUUGUCCUACCAUCUGCCUAGCAGCCUCCAGGUGGGCGAUGGGCCCCCCCAGAUACGGCCCUACCAUACCAUCAUCGAGAUCGCCGAGCACAAGAGGAAGGGGUCCCUGAAAGUCCGGAAGUGGAGGUCCAUCUUUAACCUGGGCCGCUCUGGCCAUGAGACCAAAAGGAAACUCCCACGGGGUGCUGAGGACAGGGAGGACAAGCCAGACAAGGGGACAUUGCGACCAGCCAAGAGCAUGGACUCACUGAGCGCAGGAGCCAUGGGAGCCACUGAGGAUUCCGAGGGCCUGGAGGUGUCAAAUGAGCCGCCUACCCCAACCACAGAGAGUGACCCUCUGGAUGCAGCAGAGGGUGGGCAGGAUGCAGAGUACGAGGGCCCUGCAGGCAGCACCUCAGAGCCAGGGACCCCACAGGCCGGGCGGUCGGCAUCACGUGUGGGGGGCGGCCGAGCAGAACGUCCCACAGGCUUCCACAUCUCGGUCCCCUACAAUGUCAACGUCCCCUCCCACAUCACAUCUAUCCUCAGUGCCUCCCCCAACAUCAUCUCCAACAUUUCCCUGACUCGCCUGACACGAGGCCUAGAGUGUCCGGCUUUGCAGACCCGGACAAACCUUGCUGUUGACCUCAGCUCCCCAGGUGAGCCCCCUGAACAGUCCAGCAGACUAGGGGGCUACCCACCCUGAUGCGGCUUCCUGACUUCCACAGGUGUGUCUGGGGAGCAUCAUCCUGUCCCACCCGCCCCUGAGGACUCCCUUUCCAGGGCCCUGCAGGAUACCUUUUCCUUCCUGGAGGACUCCAGCAGCUCGGAUCUGGGGGCUGAUGAUGGGGAGAUGGAGCUUGGGGUACCCACAGCUGCAGAGGAUGACCCCGGGCUGGGCUACCUGGACGAGCUCCUGGUGGCCGGGAGGCAGGUAGAGGAGUUCUCUGUGGAGCCACCCCUGGAUGACCUCUCCCUGGAUGAGGCACACUUUGUCCUUGCCCCCAGCUGCUGCUCCCCACUCCCUGAGGGUGUCCCAGCUGGGAUGGAAGAAAGUGGGGAGGACGUUUUCCUGAGCGCCAAUGAUGACAUCAGCCCCCUGCUUCAGCCUGGAGACCAUCUCGGAUGGGAGGGCCACAGGAACCUUGAGGAAGGGGCGGUAGAGGAUGGCAGGGAUUCAGCUCAUGGGUUGAUGGAAGCAGAACAGUCCUGGCAGGAGGUGUGGGACCACCCAGACCAGGGGUGCCACAGGGAGGAGGUGGAAGAGAGGAUGGAGAACAAAGAGGAGAGCCUGGGAAGUCCAGAGACUGAGAUUUGCCAGCAAGAGAGUAGGGAGGCUCUAGAGGAGAAUAAGGAGCACUCAGAGAAGAGUUGGGAGCACCUAGAAAGUGAGGAGCAUCCAGAGGUGAUUAGGGAGCACUCCAAGGAGAGUAAAGAACACCCAAAAGAGAGAGAAGAGGACCCAGAGGAGAGUGGGGAGCAUCCAGAGAAGAGCAAGGCACACCCAGAAGAGACUGAGGAGCAUCCUGAGAACAGGAAGCACCCAGAGGAGAGCCAGGAGCAUCAGGAGCCUGGAGGGCUUGAGCAGGCUCUGGGGGCUGCAGAGGGCAGAGAUGAGUCCAUGGCACAGCUGGAUGCUGGGGACCAAGAAGGGAGAGAACAAAGGGAUGGUGGGCACAGUGACUAUGGAGAGGGCGAGGAUGAUGCUGAAGAUGGGGAGGAUGAUGGGGUCAGGGGAGAUAGGGAGAAAAGAGAGAGCGGGGAUGGCGAGGUGCAGGGAGACACAGGAACCAGAGAGAACCUUUUAGAACAGGACACCCUCCCCACAGGUUUGUGGGCUGAUACCUCUGAGGGCCCUGCCCUGGGCCUGCAAUGGAAUGAUGAGCCUGGGGGCUGCCGUCUGAGCCUGGGCGCUGGUGUAGGCAUGCGCCUGGCCUCUAGCCUGCUGCAGGUCCAGCACGUGCGGUCAGUGCCUGUGGUGCCCCCCAAGCCCCAGUUUGCCAAGGUUCCCAGUGCCUUGUGCAGCAAGAUCCAUGUGGCGCCAGCCAGCCCGUGCCCUAGGCCGGGCCGGCUGGACGGAACCCAGGGUGAGAAGACAUGGGGUCCACGGGGCGCCCGAACCUCCUGGAAGAAUGGUGGGAGCCUUUCCUUUGACGCCGCUGUGGCUCUGGCCAGGGACCGCCAGAGGACCAAGGCGCAGGGAACUCAGGACUGCAGCCUCUCCCGCAGGGGUGGCCCCUUUGGUCAGGUUCCUGCACAAGGGCCCCAGUCCAUGAGUGGCCUGGGGCACCCUGAAGAAGGGGCUGAACCUCGAAGCCGCCUUAGUCUGCCCCCUCAAGAGCCCCAGGUGCCCGAGCCCCUCUUGCUGCCUCAGCGCAGGUCCUACGCCUUCGAGACUCAGGCCCAGGCUGGGGGUGGGGUGGGGCUGUGAUGAAUCACAGGGGAGGGGACAGCAGAUGGCUUCCCCAACCAGAGCUUUUGUUCUCCAUACUUUGGCCCGAACACUUGGCCCAUUGGAAGGUGAGG